AUGCUGUACCUUACCAACCUGAACCCCCGUCCAUCCCUUCUCCUAGACGAGGCGCUGCCAGUGCUGGGGGUGGUGCAGCUGCUGCCAUACGAGCAGCGGGACAUGGAGGUGCCUUCUGACCCCUCCUGUCACUUGCCUCCCACAUCCCUCACUCCCCGUGCAUGCAUCCCUCCUCACCACCUCCUAGACGAGGCGCUGCCACUCUUAGACGAAGCCCUACCUGUGCUGGGAGUGCAGCUGCUGCCAUACGAGCAGAGGGACAUGGAGGUGGCACGCCGCCUGUCCCUCAUGGAGGCGUCGGCGCCCUUUGAUGUCAGCCGCCUUGUGGACCUCUCCGAACACAUCCUCCUCGACUGCCUCGCCUCCCAGGUUCGGCCUCUGGUUCGGGAGCCGGGCCGCCUUGUGAUCACACAGCAGCGGCUUUACUUCCAGGUGACAACUGGUGCAGCCAUUUCACACCAGCAGCAGUGUUUUCACCCUAUGAUGGAUCCAUCAUAG